UUUGCCAUGAAAGAUGAAGCAUGAAGAUAUCAUCAUUGACAAUUAACACCCAUGAAAAACAGAAACAGCUUCACAACCAUGAAAAAAAACAAGGCUGCAGCCGAAAGUUACUCUUCAUACCUGAUUCUGCAAAUUUUUUGUCUUCUGCUUUGCUUUAACCCUUCACUGGCUUUUGCCCUGAAAAAGUGCACAAUACUUUAUCAGGAUAAUCUCUCUAAUGAUCUUUCUUUGGACUGUGCAAACAAGAAGCUUGUAACUAUUCCCGAUGAAAUUCCAAAAGAUGCGGUUUUGGUUAAACUCAACAGCAAUCAGCUAAAAAAGAUUAACAAAGGAGAUUUUCUUGACAUGUCAAAGCUGAAAAUUCUGGAUGUAGGAGAAAAUAACAUUUCUGAUGUCGAUGAAGGUUCCUUCAAGGAUUUAGUCAUACUGGCAACACUUAGAAUAGCAUCAAAUACCCUCACCAACCUGCCUAAAAACAUAUUUCAGGGCCUUUCCAACCUGAUUUCUCUUGACCUCGGUCAUAACAGAAUUCAGUUCAUUCAUGAAUUAGCUUUCCAAGAUUUGACAAGCCUAAAAACUCUGGAUUUAGAUUAUAAUAAACUCCAGCAAAUUGUUCACUUUCAGCCGAUCUUCCAGCUACCCCACAUACAAAGGGUUAACCUCAGUCACAAUUCAUUUUUAUGCUUUAAUACGACACAACUGUUCAGAAAUUUGUCCUCAAAUCUUGAAGAGUUAAUUCUUUCCACACAUAAGAUGAAAACUUUUAGUAUCUCUACACCAGUGUUUCCUAACCUCAAAAAGCUAGUUCUCUAUAGAAGUCAUUCUGCCCUGAGGUGGAAAACACCUGACAAAACCUUACUCAGGAACAUAACGCAUUUAUACAUUAGUCAGCCUGUACUUUCCUUGAAAAGGUUCAAACAAGUCCUCCAGAAUCUCGAGUCAUUAAGUAAUCUCAGACUUAAUUACUUGGACAAAUACAUUAAAGAUUUGCUAUCUACUGUUUGCAAAUUACCAAAACUAAGAAAGCUGGAUUUAUUUCACACAUAUCUAAAUAGCAUGACUUUGAAACUUGCACCUUGCUCACAGCUCACAGAACUAAACCUGACUCAAACAUAUAUAAAUGAACUUCCAAAUGGCUCAAUACAGACAAUGAAGAAUCUAGUAACAUUAAGUUUGAGUACCAACACUCUUGUAGAAGUUCCAUAUGAUAUUAGGACACUCUCAAAUCUUCAGAUCCUAAACAUUGAAUUUAACCUCAUCUCCCAUCUUAGCUGUGAGGAUUUUAUCAAUACAACCAGUCUUAGAGAGCUUUCCCUUUACAGUAAUUGUAUUACUAAGCUGAAAAGAUGCGUAUUUGAAAAUGUUAAAAAUCUAAAGCUUUUAAACAUUAGCAAAAAUCAACUGCGGACAAUCAGAGGCACCUUUAAUGUUUCCCUUCACAGACUUGAGGUCUUGGACAUAAGUGACAACAAAAUAAUGAUUCUAGAAACAGGUUGCUUUCAAGUUUUACAAUCUCUGAGGCAUUUAAAUACGGCAUCAAAUAUUGAUACAACAAUCAAACGUGAAACAUUUAAAGGCCUAAGCUACAUACAGGUUCUUGUGGUAUCACUUACACGUAAUUGUGAACUAAAUGUUAACGGAUUAGAGCACUUAGAAAAUAUAACAAUCUAUCUAGUGACUAAAUAUGCUUCAGAAAUUAAUCAGACAGAUAAUUACACAGUUUCAUAUCAUCUAAAGUCUGUGAAAAGGAUUACAUUCAUCUCCAGAGUAGAUCCCUCUGGCUCCCUUCCUAGUGUACCAAUUCAGUUGCUCCAGCCUAUGAAACAACUGCAGCAUUUUACAGCUGUAAAUGUACAUAUAAAUGCUGUAUUUGCCAACAUAUUUCAAUUUAACCCUCAACUCAAGAGUAUGACAUUUGUUGAGACUGAUAUGUCCAAUUUAAAUCCAAACCUUUUUCAAGAUGUCCCAAAACUGCAGGCUCUUGAUCUCUCUAAAUGUAAGAUCAAGGAUUUGGAUUUUAUUGCACAAAGCAAUCUUUCUGCACUCAGAUAUCUAAAACUGACUGAGAAUAAAAUCACUGUCAUUAAUGAAACUGUCUUCCAGUACCUGCCCUCUCUAACAUACUUGGACCUGAGCAAUAACCCGUUUUCCUGUGAAUGCUCAAAUGCAGGUUUUAUCCGCUGGGCAAAAGACAACAAGCAAACACAAGUAGCAAACACAUCUCAGUAUAUAUGUGAAUUUCCUUUGGCCAAACAAGGAAGCUUGCUGUUAGACUUUGAUAUCCUGUCCUGUCGGGAUGAUGGCUUCUUUUUCUGCUUCAUUUCCAGCACCUGUCUUGUCGUUCUAACUCUUCUUAUUCCCUUCAUCCACCAUUACCUAAGGUGGAAACUUGGCUACACCUUUCACCUCUUCUUGGCCUUUCUCUAUGAUAGCAAGAAAAGGAAGAAGGGAGACUCAUACAGGUUUGAUGCUUUUGUGUCCUACAACAUCAAUGAUGAAGACUGGGUUUAUAGAGAGAUGCUUCCCAUGUUGGAGGAGAAACAGGGCUGGAGACUUUGUCUACACCACAGAGAUUUCCAACCAGGUAAACCCAUCAUAGAAAACAUCACUGACGCCAUUUAUAGUAGCAGGAAGACCAUCUGUGUGAUCAGUCGCAGCUACCUACAAAGUGAAUGGUGCUCCAGGGAGAUCCAGAUGGCAAGCUUUCGGCUGUUUGACGAAAAAAGGGAUGUGCUGAUCCUGCUGUUUUUGGAGGAGAUUCCUGGUUAUCUUCUAUCUCCGUAUUUCCGCAUGAGGAAACUGGUAAAGAAACGCACUUACCUGAGCUGGCCACAGGCUGCACACCACCCAGGAGUCUUCUGGCAGAUGGUCCAGAGAGCUCUGCACACAAGGAACGCCCUUACUGAGAACACAAACAGGCUGACCGGACCAACAGGACACUGAGAGAGAUCACAAAGCUGUUAAAUUGCAUACAGUAAUCCAUAGGGGAAUCAUAAUAUUCUCCCAAAUUAAAUAAUGAGUUAAUCAGUUUUAUCAUAUGUUACUACUUUUAUUCUCUGUUCCUCUUUCUAAAUUUGUGCAUAUCUUUAAAAUGAGCAUAUUAACAUAAAAAUAGUUGGUCUGUGCUAAAAAAAAUUAUCAUAUAGAGGUUACUGCUUUAACUGUUUUGUGGAUGUU